AUGACUAGCGAACUACCAGCAAGUCUUUCAAAAAUUCAUGCGGAUAAUAUAGAGAUUUUUCAACUUAAAGUACUUUCGCUAAAUUUCCUAAGAAACACUUCUGAAAUAACUGAUGAACAUAUCCUGAAACUUAAUCCUUGCCACUUCUGCGAUGAAGGAAUUCUUGCCUUACUACUUCAUUCAUUCACAAAACUUAUACUAGCUUCUGGUGAAUAUCACAUGGUAUCUAAGGAUAAAGAUUUCAGGAAAAAAGGCCCCCUAAAUGAUGAUACUAUAGGAGAGGAAAAAAUAACUAAAACUAUUACGCAUGAUCAAACAACAAGUCUUACUAUAGAUAUGGAAAGUUCUGCAGAUAAUUUGACUAAUCAAAUAACUAGAGAUAAUACUGACAAUGCACAAAUUCAGUCAUCAAGAGAAUCAUCUCCUAAAAUUUCUCGCGAACAGGACAAGAUACAAAGUUUGUUGUAA